AGCCAGUCGAGCAUAGUCACUACAGUCAAGACGAUGCUCCAGUUCCUGUCCAACGCAGACAGCAACCUGUUCGUUGGAGCAGGUGUGGCUGUGGCCGCCGUGAUGGCGGUCAAGUAUAUGAAUGCACGCGCAGACGCGGCCCAGCAGCGCGCGUACGAGGCGGCCAAAGCGCGACAAGAGGCGCUCAAAGCAGAGCGCGAAAAGCCGAUCACACGUCGUUUCUUCACGCCUGAAGAGCUGUUGCCCUUCAACGGCGAGGAUGAUCAACCCAUCUACAUCGCCGUACUGGAUGAAGUCUACGACGUGAGUCGCAAGCGUGACUUUUACGGCCCGGGCGAGGGCUAUCACCUGUUCGCCGGCCGUGACGCGUCCCGUGCGCUGGCCAAAAUGUCGUUCGAGAAGGAGGAUCUCGACAGUGACGACUUAUCCGACUUGAGCUUCAUGGAUAAGGAGACGCUUAACGAUUGGGUUACCAAGUUUAGCGUCUACAACAGCUACCCGAAUGUGGGACGCGUGCUGCGGCGUCGUGACCUGACGCUCGAGCAGCUGCGCCAAUUCAACGGCGCUGACAAUCCGCGCAACAUCGUGUACGUGGCUGUAAACGGUAACAUCUACGACGUGACGCUGGAUGGUCUGAACCACUACGGCCCGGAAGGCGGCUACAAGCAGUUCGCGGGUCGUGAUUGCUCCCGUUCGCUCGCCUGCAUGUCCUUCUUGGACGAGCAUUUGGACAACCCGACACUCGAGGGGCUAACGGAGCAGCAGCAGGAGACGCUUAAUAAGUGGGAGGACAAGUUCAAGGAGAAAUACCCGGUCGUUGGUAAGAUCGUCACGUAG